AUGUGUUACUACGUACUCAUUUUAAUUGCUGUAUCGAUAUAUCCCAACUGGUCUCUACUGCCCAGGCUGGAUAAAGCCAGCGCCGAACCAAUAAUUGUAGCAGGUCAAGCUGCCAAAAAAUUGGAUGAUGAGCUUCUCUUGGAAACCAAGAUGAAAACUGAAGGGAUGGGAGUACUGGAAACACCAAUAUUGAUUAAAGCAAAGAAUGGUACCAAAGAAAUGGUGGAGAGAAUCCUUGAUCUUUACCCCAUGGCAAUUCAUGACAUAGACUCCAACAAGAAGAAUAUAGUGCUAUUGGCGGUGGAGAAUAGGCACCCCCAUGUGUAUGAGCUCUUCCUGAAGAGAAAUAUUGUGAAAGAUAGUGUAUUUGGUGCAGUUGAUAAUAAAGGCAACAGUGCAUUGCAUCUGGCUGCCAUGUUUGCAGAUUAUCGGCCUUGGGUCACUCCUGGUGUUGCAUUGCAAAUGCAAUGGGAAGUCAAAUGGUAUGAGUAUGUGAAGAAGUCCAUGCCACCAAAUUUCUUCCGUUUCCACAACAAUGAAAACAAGUCUACAAAGCAGAUUUUCACCCGUGAACACAGAGAUCUGGUGCAAAAGGGUGGGCAAUGGCUAAAUAACACAGCCACCUCAUGCUCGUUGGUAGUAACACUCAUUGCAACAGUUGCCUUCGCCACAUCAACUGCUGUACCGGGCGGCACCAAGGAGGGGAGUGGAAAACCGAAUCUUAAGUAGCAGCUAGCAUUUGGUAUCUUUGCAAUUUCAUCACUCAUUGCUCUUUGCUCUUUGGCCACCUCCACUGUCACGUUUCUUGCAAUUCUCACAUCCAGGUACGAAGAAAAAGACUUUGGCAAAGAGUUGCCCAGAAAGCUUUUGGCUGGAUUAACUUCUCUUUUCAUAUCCAUAGCGGCGAUCUUGGUCUCUUUCUGCGCUGGCCACUUCUUUGUGCUCAAAGAUGAACUCAAAAUUGCAGCAUUCCCAGUAUAUGCAGUAACCUGCCCGCCAGCAACUUUUUUGGCUGUAGCCCAGUUUCCCCUGUAACUUGAUCUCAUAUGUGCUAUUUUUAGCAAUGUGCCACCGCCCGGUUUGGAGGACGAUGCCUCGCGUUCAUGAUUUUGCCUUCUCUUUUUUAGCUUCAGGGUGAAUUUUUAUUUAUUUCCUCCUGGAAAAGCCAACCUCCUUGGGGCCAGGCCAGGA